GCAUCCACGAGUGCCACAACUGGUUUCAGAAGCUCUGGGAUGAGGGUGCGGAAUGGGCGACAGAGAAGCUGAAGAAGUCUGAUGCGCAGUGGCAAAUCAUGGUCACACAUUUUCCGUGCGGGCACAAAGUCAAGUACUACAAGGAAAUGCACCUGAAGUAUGGCUUAGAUCUGCUUGUGACUGGCCACACGCACUACCAGAUGAUGUACUGG